GUAAUCCCAGCCUCCUCUGGAUUCAUUGGGAAUGGUUUUACUCAUAGGUUUUACUACACAGCAGCGGAGACCAGCACGGCGGCAGGAUUUUAAGAACUUGAAUAUUGGAUAUAUUUAGCCGACAUAUUCAACAGCACUGAAAAGGAUUUCUUGCUACAUCAGAGGGCACCCUGCGUCUGUGUCUUGCCUCUUAAAUGUCUAGCACGGUGUUGCUAUAGUGGAGAGGACCACCACCUCAGGAUCUGCAGACAGGGACUCGGCCAGUUGACCGCCAUGCCUCGCUCAAAGCCUAACUGGAGCCCUCUGUGGCUCACCUGUGUCCUCCUGGGCCUCACGGCUGUACAUGUCAUAGAUGUCCUUACUGUACCCCAGCAGGUGAGCCUGUCAGCUAACAGGUCUACACAGCAACUGUCCAUAUCCUGGCUGGGAGGAGCAGCGGCAACCUUCGACCUCCUGAUUCUGAGAACUGAAUUCAAUAUAACUGUCUUCUACGACACGGUGUCCGUGACGGUGAAUCAGGAGAGCGGACGGCACCAGUGGGACUGGACCUCAGUCGAACCCCUGGAGUGCACAUCGCUGUCCGUCAGAAUCCGCUCACGAGACAGAGAGACGACGAGUGACUGGAGCAACACUCAGAUACUUCAAGGAAGCGAUCUCCCCAGCAAUGAGAAAAUCCAGGUGUUACCCCAGGACAGAAUCGUACCUGUGGGGGCCAACACCACCUUCUGUUGCAUUAUGGCGGAGGGGAAGCAGUUCGGUACCAUCAAAUACGGCAACACGGUCAUGCACGAGACGCGACUGAGUAGGCGAAGUUACGCUGUUACGGCUGUGAAUCAGGGACUCUCCCGCCAGACGGGAACCAACGUCAUCUGUAACGACAAGCUGAAGUCGGACCCUUGGGGAUCGGUGGUGUUUGUCGGAUAUCCACCACUGCCCAGUGACUUUGUGUGCGAGACUCAUGACUUAAUCUCAGCUGUGUGCCAGUGGAACGAAGGACGAGACACACGCCUGUACGGCAAACGAAGCACAAGCUACACGCUGAACAACAGGAAAUGUGAUUUUAGCAGGAUGCAGAAGAAGCAUGACGAGUGGCGUGUGGCCCAGUGGGAGGGUAACUGGACCCUGGUAGCCGCGAAUCCUCUCGGCCGGCACGUCCUCACUGACUCUGCUGAGCUCAGGCACAGAGUGCGUCCGGUAGCACCAGAGAGCCUGAACUCUGCUGUCCAUGCCUGGAACACCACUGUGCUGUGGCAGUGGAAGUACAACAUCUAUUCCUCUCUGGCUCUUGACUGCCAGGUAGAGCUCUCCUCCCAAGGGUACAAAACAAAGCGUACCUUCUCCGGUCUGGGCCUGCGGUCGGUGGUCCUGUCAGACCUCGACCCCGAUGAGGAUUACAGCGUUCAAGUCCGCUGUGGUGCCCAGCAGAAUUUCUGGAAUUGGGGAAGCUGGAGCAAGCCGCUUUCCUUCAAAACCAACACUUAUGUUCCAGAUGCUCUUGAUGUGUGGAUGUGGAUUAACAAAGACUACACUGCGCAGGUCAUUUGGAAGCCUCUGACACAAAGACAAAGCCAUGGUCUGAUCACACGUUAUGAAGUUACGUUCUGGAGCCCCAAGGAAAAUCGACAGCGCACAGAAUUCUUCUUACCGGAUACUUCUGUGGUAGUAAUCAACCUCACACAGAUCGCAACCGUCAGCGGUGACGACAAGGUCACGGCAACCGUCAUUGCGAGGAACGCCGCAGGGGUGUCUCAACCUGCAAGUGUACAUAUACCACUACAUCUGACAGAUGUGGAACCCCGUUCCAUGUCCAGGGCCGUUUAUACGGACGGAGGCUUCCCUCUGUUCUGGCAGCGCGACGACAACGCCACCUGCGCUUCUGUGGUAGAAUGGUAUGAGGCCUCCUGCAAGUGGAACUGCCCUGUGAGGUGGAUCAAGGUGGCCGCCGGAACCACCAACGUCUCCGUUGAGUCAGCCGACUUCCAGCCGGGCGUGAUGUACUACAUCUCCCUGUACAGUAUCACCUCGGAGGCACCAGAGCUGCUGCAGCGCUGGCAGGGAUACAUGCAGGAGCUGGUCCCCUCCGCUUCUGUCAGCCUGUCAACCACCCAGCAGAACUCCAACAUUCUCCUGACCUGGGGAGAGAUCCCGCUGGUCGACAGAAGAGGCUUCCUCCUGGGCUACAACAUUUACGUCAGUAGCGGCUCCGAGCUCAAGCUUCUCGCCAAUCUGUUGGACCUAGGAAGCAGGUAUUACACAGUAAAAGGCCUCUCUGAAGGCUCCUAUAAGUUCACUGUCAAGGCCUACACCUCAGCAGGCGAGGACACAGGCGUCACUGCCUCCAUAACGCUGGAGCCAUACACUGAUUGGCUGAUACUGGAAAUCUUGGCUUCCAUGGGAAUCACAGCCGUAUUCGUGGUCUUCGUCACCUUCGUUUGCUACAAGAAAAGGAAAUGGGUGAAAAAGGCGUUCUAUCCAGACAUACCCGAGCCCAAGCUGCCCGGCGAUUGGUCCAGGUCACAGGAGCCACUGGAUGUGAAGCCAUCACCCCAUAGUUUGGUCCACAUGGUGGAGAGGCCCGAGUGGGAUUCUAGCAAAGAGGUACUCGUCGUCAUUCCCGAAGAGGAAGAGGAUGAAGACGGGCUGGGAGACGAGCCAGCUGACACCGAUGAGCCGGCUUCAUUGCGCUACUACAACCACGUGGUAGACGAGCGCCCCAUAAGGCCGCGCUUCCCAGACUCCUCGUCUUCCUCCGCGUCCUCUUUGGAUUCGGCGCGCACCGAUGUAACGUACACGGGGAUCCAGACCUCAGGGUCUUCCUUGGUCUUCCAGCUGGAUCCGCAGGGCUCCUCCGAGGGCCACCAACCCCAGGCUGAUCUGUCCUUCUGCAGAGGAGGAGGAGGAGGAGGAGGAGGAGGAGGAGGUUACCGGCCCCAGAUGCAAUCUAGAGCCCCAAAUGACGACACAGACCUAGCGUCACCCGAGCCUUUCUUCGAGCCCCAGGCUGCCAGCUCCGGGGGCUACAAACCCCAGAGCUCCUGGCAUUUGGACUCCCCCGUGGAGGCCGGGGAGAACGACGGCCUGGCACCCUCUCUCGGGUCGCCCACCUCAAUUGCUUCCACUCAGUUCCUCCUCCCUGACGGAGAGGAGCACGCAGAUGAGAGGCGAUCAUCGUCGGCGGCAACCUGGUUCACCAACCUGCUAUCAUCCACUAAACCAUGAAAUCAUCUCAUGCUCACUACUAGCAGUCAGGCCGGGGAGGAUGGGGGAGGGGGAGGAGGGGGAGUAACAGAAAACCUUCUGAUUCAUUGCUGUUACUAGUGUCAUGCAUCAAACAAGCCUCACCCGUACAGUGUCGGUAAAUAUCCCCCCUGAUGUAGCACUACAUUCUUACAGUUGCACUUUGGAAGCAGCUCAAUCGUGCUAUUUAAGGUGUUUAUUCCAAACAUACAGAAAUAUUGUUGAUUUUCUCCGUCAUGCAAAUAUCAUAAAUCAAAACCUGUAUAUUUGUAUAUCAAAUCCUUUCUAUUCUGACAGCAAAUCUCUUUCGUCAUACCUCUUUUCAACCCAUAUUUAAUCCCCAUGAUGGGCAUUUAGCAAUGGCACAUCCUGUGUUUCAGCUGGUUGUAUCCAGUUUUUAUCUUGCAUUUCAGUUGUUUUUAUUUCUUGUCGAUGUGAACUUUGCCACACUACAGAAGAAAUCUGAAAGCAGGAAGUUUUCAAACCUAAUGACGGAUCUGUAAAAGUAAGGGACAUUUAUUUUUCUUUUUGGAAGAACACUACAAAAGAACGGUUUGGGUGGAAGGUAGCUAAGCAGACAGCAUCCAUGUCUUCUGCCGGUCCGCUGACAGCUGGACAGUUGAUGAGCUACUGAAAGGAAAAGAUGAUUUUAGAGGUAUGUAUAGGUGGCACUCUCUUGGGUCAGUACCAAGGUAGCUCCUAUCAUAACAGAUCUAUUUUUCACAAAUCACUGUCUGAACGGUGAGAUGUAAAUUGAAAGAUGUACUUGUGAUUAUUUUAAACAUACAGGAGUGGAGCUGUCUGGAAUUGUGUGGGUGAUGAGCCCCCGUGGAUAUAUACACUGAUAUAAGCUAGCACAUGAAUAAAAACUAAUGUAAUUCAAUUAGCAAACACACUAUUAUGUUACUUUGGGCUGUUUUUGUUGGUUUCUUUCUUUAACCAGUAAAGGUUUUUUGCAGUAUUUUUAAUUUUUUUUUUCUUGUUGAGAAAUACAUUUCACAGUCAGGCCAGUGUCUUCUUCUUAAUGUUGCAACGUGUCGCGCGUUAUCCUCGAGUUAGGGGAUUGGUAUUGAACAAAGUAUGAGAAAUCACUUGGAUGGGUUAUUACAGUGUCGGAUGAUUCUUGAUAAAUAUAAUGCUUCCAGACAUUUGCACCAUGUCGGCCUUGCUCCUAAAUGUUUAUGUAUAAUGAAAAAAAGAAUAUGUUACAAUAAUGCAGUUCAGAAAUGUAUUUUAUCGGACGUACAGUUCCCACUGGCACUGAGUGUUGCAUACAAAGGAUUUUAGCAAGCGCUGAAACUAUCUAAACGUUGGUUACAUUAUAUUUGUGUGCUCGUGAGAAAUUAUUUUUCUUUGGUCGCUUCAUGUUCAAGCUCAGAGAGGUGGCAGAUAAUGCAUUUGAUGUUGAUUUGCUGUGCUUGAGUGCUUGUUUUUUUUUUUAGGGAGAUCUUAGUCUGCUAUACAUUUUAAGGUUUUUUGUUUUGUUUUUGUUUUUUAUUUCAUUUCAGAUUUGUCCUGAAGCCUCCUUAUACAUUUUGUGACAGGAAAAAGGGACAGUGGAGAAAUCUUACACAGGGAAAUGAAUAGAGAAUUUCCAGAAAUGCUAUCACUUAGUUUUUGAUUUGUUUGUUUUUGACAAAAAUGUGUAGAAAUGACCUUGUAAAUAUCGGUUCGCCCGACAGCACUUUGGCAUCUCCGUUAUGGUGUGAAACACAGGCCACUAAUAGCCAAAGUAGACUCCACAUACUCCAUUUGCUCUCCACUCGCAUGUACAUUGCGGGUGUUGAGGAUGCACCAUUGGCUCGGCUUCCCAAAAGCAUCAUUAUGCAAAGAUGACAACCUUUGAUAUGGUUAGCCAGCGGUAACCAGGAUGUUUAUUUUCUAUUUUUCAGAGCCAGUUUCUUGCUGACAUGUGGUUUUAUUGUUUCUCAGUGCCUCCAGACAACAAGCUUUAAGUAAAAACUACUGUGACAGGA